UGAAAGCGUUGAAGAUGAUAGCUCCGGACGAGCUCCGCUGCACCUAUUCGGACGGUAAAACCGGGCGGUGCUGCGGAUAUAAAAUUUCCAUGAAGGAGUUAUGCCAAAAACAUUACCUCCAGGGUUACAUUCUAUCAGUCAACAAGGAGGAACGGAAGCCNCUGCGGCGGAAGGAGAGGAAACCUCUGGAAAUGUGCAGGCGCCAUGGGAGAGUGAUGCGAUGAUGAAAGCGUUGAAGAUGAUAGCUCCGGACGAGCUCCGCUGCACCUAUUCGGACGGUAAAACCGGGCGGUGCUGCGGAUAUAAAAUUUCCAUGAAGGAGUUAUGCCAAAAACAUUACCUCCAGGGUUACAUUCUAUCAGUCAACAAGGAGGAACGGAAGCCUGUGCUCUCUCCUCCGUCAAAUUUCAGUUCCGGAAGUAGCAUUUUUGUAAAGAGGAGAAGAGAGAGGCAAGCCGAGGAGUUGUCUGAUGAUGCGACAAGGAAGAAGAAACCUAGAGUAACGGGGGAUGUAGAAGGCGAGAGGGCAAAAUCUGUGAGAAAUACGAAGAAACCCCAUAGUGAUAGGGAAAAAGGCAAAAAUGAGGCCUUAAAGUGUGUCCCAAAGGAUUCCUUUUCCAAAAGAGAUGUAAAAUCACUGGAGAAGAUAAAACUACCAGGGGGAGGGCGAAAGGAUGGUUGUUCAGAGGGUGGCAGGUUGAUUCCAGAAGACGGUGCAGCAGGAAAGAAGAGGUCAUUGUCACAUGAGGUGAAGAAAAUGGGGCAUCAAAGUGAGAAUGUUGUAUCUCUAGAUGCCCUAGGGAAGAAAGAUGAUGUUGUUCCACUAAAAUCAUCUGGAAAGAGUAUUAGAACCGGACAUAUGUCAGACAUAAAACAUAAAAAGUCGGAAGAGAAUAAAUCUAUCAAGGCAAAAAAGGGACACAGUGGAAAUAUAGCAGAUUAUGACACCAUAGAGAAUGAGGGUAGACAAUCAAAAUCUUCAUUGAGAAGAAACCAUAAAGCCACUGGUGUUGUUAAUGACUCACAAGGUAAAAGCAAGCUUAAACAAGGAAAAAUUGAUCUGAGGAGGAAGCACUUCUCUAAUGAUGAUCCGAGUGAUGAUUGCCAGAUGUGUCAUCAAUGCAUGAAGAGUGAUAGAAAAGUUGUUCGUUGUCGCAGUGGAUGCCGCAGGCGCUAUUGUGUUCCCUGUAUUUCAAGAUGGUACUCUAACCUUACAGAGGAAAAAAUAGCGGAGAAGUGUCCAUUUUGUCGAGGAAAUUGCAAUUGCAAAGAUUGUUUACGUCGUAUUACCAAGGAUUCUGUAUAUGUAGGAAUACCACCAGAUUUUAAAGAAAAGAGAAGCCGUCUUCAGUAUCAUUUAAAUGCGCUCUAUCCGUUUCUCAAAAAGUUUUAUCUGGAUCAAAUGACUGAAAAGGAGAUAGAGGCCAAGAUUCAAGGGGUAUCAUUGUCUGAGAUAAAGAUAUCACAAGAAAUCUGUCACAAUGAUGAGCGUGUGUACUGUGACAAUUGCAAUACCUCCAUUGUUGAUCUCCAUAGAACCUGCCCUUCUUGUUCAUAUGAUCUCUGCCUGACCUGUUGCCAUGAAAUUCGAGACGGUUGCUUGCAAAAAGGUCAUAGAAAUGUCACGCUUCAAUCUCUUGAUGGAGGGAAAUCAUAUUUGUAUAGAGAUGUUUCUCACUCACUGGCAAGCAAUGACUCAGCUUGUGAGGAUCAGGUUAGUAAGCUGCCAGAGUGGAAAGCGGGGGAAAAUGGUGAAAUCCCUUGCCCACCUAAAGAAAGGGGAGGCUGUGGAUAUCACAGACUGGAGCUUAAGCAUUUUUUACCUGAAAGUUGGGUUUCUGAGACAAUGAAGAGAGUAGAAAGCUUACUUGAAAUUAAUGGCUGUUCCAAUGAGCAUCAAAUUCCUAAGGAGCAGUGUCCUUGUUUCAGAGAUGAAACUGCUAAUGGUGCAAAAAAUGUUAGGAAAGCUGCCUCCAGAGAAGAUUCUAAUGACAACUGUUUGUAUUGCCCAUCAGCAAAUGACGUUCAGAAUGGUGACCUUGAGCACUUUCAGAGACAUUGGAUCAUGGGAGAGCCUGUGAUACUUAAGCAUUUUUUACCUGAAAGUUGGGUUUCUGAGACAAUGAAGAGAGUAGAAAGCUUACUUGAAAUUAAUGGCUGUUCCAAUGAGCAUCAAAUUCCUAAGGAGCAGUGUCCUUGUUUCAGAGAUGAAACUGCUAAUGGUGCAAAAAAUGUUAGGAAAGCUGCCUCCAGAGAAGAUUCUAAUGACAACUGUUUGUAUUGCCCAUCAGCAAAUGACGUUCAGAAUGGUGACCUUGAGCACUUUCAGAGACAUUGGAUCAUGGGAGAGCCUGUGAUAGUUAGAAAUGCUCUUGAACUCACAUCUGGUCUAAGUUGGGAACCUAUGGUAAUGUGGCGUGCUUUUCGCAAUAUAAGUAUCAAGGAAGGUGCAUCAGAUUUGGCAGUGAUAGCAAUCGAUUGCCUUGAUUGGUGUGAGGUACAAAUUAAUAAUCAUACCUUUUUUAUGGGGUAUAAUGAAGGUCGGAUGCAUAACGAUGGAUGGCCUGAAGUGCUGAAGCUAAAGGACUGGCCCUCAUCUACUUUAUUUGAAGAGCGGUUGCCACGUCAUUGUGAAGAAUUCAUUAGAGCCUUGCCAUACAAGGAGUACACACAUCCUUAUGCUGGUAUUCUUAAUACUGCAACAAAACUACCAAAAGAAGCAUUGAAGCCAGACUUGGGACCUAAAACUUAUAUAGCAUAUGGGUUUGUGGAAGAACUUGGGCGAGGAGAUUCUGUGACCAAGCUUCAUUGUGACAUGUCUGAUGCGGUAAAUGUUUUGAUGCAUACUGCCGAAGUGUGCAUACAUGAUUCUCAGGUUCCUAAAAUUAAAAAGUUGAAGAAAAAGCAUGAUGCUGAAGACCUAAAAGACUUGUUUGCUGUUGGUAGAGAUGAAGGGGCUGAGAGCCCAGAUCUGGUGCCUAUAUAUAAAUUCAAGUCUGCAUCAUCCAACAGUGGGCCAACAAAUGACGUUAACAAUUCUAUGGUUGAUGCAACAGAUGGAGGUGCAGUCUGGGACAUUUUCAGGCGACAAGAUGUUAACAAGCUUGAGAAAUAUCUUAGAAGGCACCAUAAGGAAUUUAGGCAUCUACGUUCAAAACCAGUGGAGCAGAUUUUUCACCCAAUCCAUGAUCAAGUUUUCUACUUGAACACAUACCAUAAGAGGAAGCUCAAAGAGGAGUUUGGUGUUGAACCUUGGACGUUCAUCCAGAAACUUGGAGAAGCAGUUUUCAUUCCUGCUGGGUGUCCUCAUCAAGUUAGAAAUAUUAAAUCUUGUAUAAAGGUUGCUCUUGAUUUUGUUUCACCCGAAAAUGUGGGUGAAUGUAUUCGAAUGACCGAGGAGUUUCGCGUCCUUCCCCAAAAUCACAGAGCUAAGGAAGACAAAUUAGAGGUAAUGAAGAUGACUUUACAUGCAAUCCGAGGUGCUUUGGAUGAACUGGAGAAACUAGAAGCAAAAUAAUAUAAAAAGUAAUGUUGAUGCUGGAAAUUAAUCAGAGGUUUAUAGAUAAUGGUAUGGGCAUUUUGUUGUUUUUGCUAGCUUUACCUGCCCCUUUUUGUUGAGUAAAACGGGUAAAGAUAUAAAUGCUAAACCCCGUU